AUGAAAGAUAUAUUGACAAGGAAGAGAGCCUUUAAUAAGGUAGAGACUGUAGCUUUUACAGAGGAAUAUAGAGCUUCGUUGCAAAAUAAAUCUCCACCAAAAUUAAAGGAUCCUGGUAGUUUUUCUAUACCUUGUCAUAUUGGAAAUGUCUUCAUUGAUAAAGCAUUAUGUGAUUUGGGUGCUAUUGUUAGUGUAAUGCCAUCGUUUGUGUGUUCAAGGCUUAAUAUGGGUGAUUUAAAAGUUACUAACAUUACUUUGCAAAUGGCAGACCGUUAUGUUAAAUACCCCUUAGACAUGGCUGAGGAUACACAAAUUCCAAUAAUAUUAGGUAGACCUUUCCUCCACACUACAGGAGCUAUUAUUGAUGUCAAAAAUGGAAAACUCACUCUCUCUGUUGGGGAUGAUAAUAUUACAUUUAAUUUAGGGAGGGUCCUUGCAAGGGAUCCUUUGGAGGAAGUGCUUUGUGGUGAUUUUACUGCAGGUGAUGUUGGUAUUUGGAGCAGUGAGGUUGAUGCUAUUGAGAAAGCUCUCGCACUUGAACAACUUGACCCUAAGGAGAGCAAGAAGGUAGUAAAAUUAGUUCAGGAAUCGAAACAUGCAGAGGUUAAGAAACCUGAACUAAAACCUCUCCCUUCUCAUUUGAAAUAUGCAUUUUUAGAUGAACAGGAAUUACACCCCAUGAUCAUUAGUACUGCACUUGAUGACCCCUAA